GCUUAGUAACCGAGCCCUAGUUUAACUUGACAACAAAAAUGGCGGCAGUUUUGUUGUGAGUUUUGUAUUCACAAAUGCUAAAAAAAGACAUGGCAGAUUCAUCGCCGUCUAAAGGUAUUUCGGUUGCUCUGAUUGCUAAGCGAAAUAUUUCACAACAAGAACAAACGAACUCUGACCAAAUAGCUGAAGCAUUACUCCAGCUGACCCAUGUGCGUCUGGACCGUGAAAACCUCAAAUGUAUUGACAACUUGGAAUGCCUUGGCAAUGUCACCAACCUAUACCUUCAGCAUAACAAUAUUGAAUAUAUCGAAAAUUUGGAGACUUUGCAACAACUCAACUUCCUGACUCUGGCAAGCAACAAGAUUUCUGAAGUGAAGAAUUUAAAAUGCCUGAAUAAGCUAAAGUUCCUGGACUUGUCAGACAAUAAUAUUACUGAAUUUUCUACAGAUGAAUUUCCAAGUGAACUAUUGAUUCUAAACCUUCAGGGAAACCCAUGCCUACAGUCUGAAAAUUACAGGUCUUGCAUCUUGAAAGCUUUGCCACAUCUUAAACAACUUGAUGGAGCCACAAUAACCAACAAAGACAGGAGAGAAGUAGGCUUUGAAGUUUCUUCCACAGAGGAUGACUCUGAAGAAGAGUCUGAAGAUGAUAUAGAGGAGGAAAAGGGUAGUAGCUUAAAACAACAUUGCGACAAUAUUAUUGUCCGUGCCAAGAUACGUGCAAUUAAGGAGGAUGCUUCACAUGGUAGGAGACUGGAAGAGCUUGCAUCCAUACGCGCAGAGGCCCUUCAUUCGUCCCGGCCCCAGACGCAACCAGAGACAUAAUCAUGUCGAUAAAAGCUGGGGAAACGACAAGGACUUUCAUAGACAAUCUUUAUAUAGUUAACUGCGUUUUUUGUUAUUGUAAACGCAUAAAAUACAUACAAGGUAGUUGUACAGUACUCGCAAAGACGUCCCGCCGUAGGUUUUGAGAACCCUUCAGGGGAUGUGUUGACAAAGGGCCUGGGGGUCGUUAUCCAGUACGCUACUAGUGCCCUUGGACCUGGACCCUUUUUUUUACUUUUAUGUCCCCCUCUUUUCAAAGUGUCCCGGUUGCGGCGAUAUGAUGUAUUACAAAAAACAGUUAAGCUUAUAUGAGUCAAGUCUGUUAUUUCUAUUAAGUCCUUCCUUCCUUCUUAUGUUUUACCUACUACCGGACCACCUUGCCGUUUGAUUCCCCCCCCCCCCCCCCCCCCCCCACGUACAUCUUGCUUGUAGGGUCUCUCUAGGUUCUCUCCGCUCAUUCGUCUCUAUCUGGGACUUGGUUUUGAUGAGUUUGGGUGAGCAUCUCUUUCUUGUUUCUUAAUUCACUUAAUUACUCGCGCAAAGAAUCCUGGGGCAAUCCAUCGGGCAAAAGGCCCAUAGCAUUCCCUGCUAGCAGAGGCCUCAUUCUUCUUCUGCUCGCGAACGCCAGGAAAAUAUGAGCAGGGUCAACAGGAGUAAAGCGAUGUGCAGUAAAACCUCGAUAAUAAAGACAUCGUUUGAACCCA